AUGGAAGGAGUGAACGUUCUUCCUACGAUUUACUCCCAUAAAGAAACAAUUGGCGAUCCUGCCAGGAUCGCCACCAAGCCUUCAACGAGCCUUGAAUCUGAAAACUCGGAACCAAUAGAUAACAGUCUAGUAGCUUCUUCCCACCUUUCGAGUGGGUCACAAUUGUCUCCUCGCAUUCUUGCUACGGCUUGGGUGGUGGUUUCUUCCGCCUCUCAACGGGCUGUUACUGUUAGGGCACUUUUAGAUCAAGGGUCAACCCACACGUUCGUUUCAAGGAAAUUAGCAAACGCCUUGAACUCGAAAACGUUCCCGGUUUCAGCCGAAGUGAGUGUUCUUGGAAACCAUACUUCUAAACGCAUUAACAGUCUCAUUCCAAUUUCAGUAAAGGCAACGCGCGGUAAUGAAACAGUUCUUUCAACUGAAGCUUUGAUUUUAGAUUCAUUAACCUCUUAUGUACCUAAAAUCAAUUAUCCAAUUUCCAACUGUGAUCAUCUUCAUGGUCUUACUUUCGCUGAUGAGCGAUUGACGGAUGACACUCCUAUCCAUGCGAUUAUCGGGGUUGAUCUUUAUCCUUACGCGCUUCUUGAUGGGAUUCGUAAGGGAAGGCCUGGGGAACCGGUGGCUCAAAAUACAAUAUUUGGGUGGAUACUUUCAGGUCAAACAAAACCUCUUUCUACUUCUGAGAGUAUAGUUCAGGUUCAUCAUCUUCAGGUGAGUGAUAACCUUGAUACUGCUCUUCGAAAAUUCUGGGAGGUGGAAGAAGGUCCGUCCUUUCAGCCUCCAUCAGAGGAAGAAAAUAAGUGUGAAAUGCAUUUUCGCGAAACACAUUCCCGCAAUUCUGAAGGAAAGUAUAUUGUCCGAUAUCCUUUCAAAACUCCACCCCCUCUUGACAUUGGAGAUACACGUAUUCGAUCACAAAAGGUAUUUUUCUCAAUUGAAAGGAGACUGGCUCAACGUCCUGAUGAAAAGGAAUCAUAUCACAAUUUUCUUCGUGAAUAUGAAUCUUUAGGACACAUGAGACCGGUUGAUCCUCCUUCUGAUAAAUCCGCUCAAAUUGUUUAUCUUCCGCAUCAUCCAGUAGUAAAGGCUACCAGUACCACCACAAAAACUAGAGUUGUUUUUAAUGCUUCAAGCCCUUCGUCAAAUCAGGUAUCAUUGAAUGACCUUCAAAUGAUUGGUCCCAGACUUCAGGGAGAUCUUCCUAUGCUCUUAACACGUUGGCGUAUUCAUCCCUUUGUAUAUUGCGCUGACAUUGAGAAAAUGUUCAGGCAGAUACUUAUGGAUGAACGAGACGUCAACUAUCAGAGAAUUUUCUGGCGAACAGACUCCUCAGAGAUCAUACAGGAAUAUCAGCUGUUGACCGUGACCUAUGGAACAGCUUGUGCUCCGUUCCUGGCUAUGAGGGUAUUAAAACAACUUGCCUUGGAUGAAGGUCACGAUUUCCUUUUAGCUGUUCCGAUCAUUCAAGAUCAGAUAUACGUAGAUGACUGUCUCUUUGGUGGACCUAAUGUCAUGGAGGCAAAACAAAAGCGAGAUCAAUUGGUUGCUCUUCUCAAACGCGCUGGUCUUGAUCUUAGGAAAUGGGCAAGUAAUUCUCCCGAGCUCUUAAAUGAUAUUGAUGAGAGCAACCAUGGACUUGCCUGUGAUAAGUCGUUACAACCUGAUGAAAGUUUGAGAAUCCUGGGUAUUUCUUGGAACCCAGCAUCAGAUACUUACCGUUUUUCUGUGCACCAAGAAGAAACGAAGGUCAUUACCAAAAGAGUAGUUCUUUCCAUCAUUUCUAAGAUUCCUCGAUGGAUCGGAAUUGGGGAUGAAACUGUUGUUAAUGAGCUACAUGGGUUUUCAGACGCAUCAACAGCAGCAUAUGCAGCUGUUGUAUAUCUCCGUGUGAUAUCAAGGUCAGGUGAUGUUCAAAUCUCAUUACUGUCAAGCAAAACAAAGGUUGCCCCUGAGAAACAAUUGAGUGUGCCUCGUCUUGAGCUCUGUGGUGCAGUUCUAUUGGCACGAUUGAUGAAACAACUACUUGCCUUAUCUGAAUUCAAUUCGUUUCAAUCAUAUUGCUGGACUGAUUCAUCCAUAGUCAGAGCAUGGUUGAAAUUACCCUCAUCUCAUUGGAAAACAUUUGUUGCCAAUAGAGUAUCAGAGAUUCAUACACUCAUUCCUGAUAUUACAUGGCUCCAUGUUCCUGGCUCUGAAAAUCCCGCUGAUUUGGCAACCCGAGGAUUAAAACCCGAGGACAUUCUCUCUAAUCAUCUGUGGUGGAGAGGUCCUCCGUGGCUCUCGCUUGAUUUUAGUUCGUGGCCAUCGGAGGAACCUUUAGUACCAAAUGAUGCUCCUUGGGAAGAAAAAACCCCUAAGGUAUGUGUGGCAAAUUUAGUUAUCAAAUCAGAAAAUGAAUUCGAAAUUGCCCAACGGUUUUCCUCGUGGCCACGACUCUUGCGAGUGACUGCUCUCAUUCUUCGAUGGUUACCAUCCAGAAGAGAAAUCAUGGAUGGUGCAGUUUCAUUGAUUCCAGAUCCUGAAGAGAUUAAAUUCGCAUCUAUUCGGUGGAUUUCUCUUAUACAAUCUCGUUAUUUUCCGGACGAGAUCAAGACUCUUUGCAAAAAUGAACCUGAUUCUGAUGGCUUCAAAUCUCUUAAGGUAGAUCAAACGUUCAAAUGUGAUAGCCCACUUCGUCGACUCAAUCCCAUCCUUGAUCCUGAUGGACUUUUACGCGUAGGUGGGAGACUGUCCUUGAGUAGUUUAGAUCCUGCGGCAAAAUUCCCCUAUAUUUUGAAGGCUGAUUCAAUUUCACGCCUUAUUAUUUUGGAUGCCCACCAACGUUGUUUACAUGGUGGAAUCACUGUUACAUUGAGUACUCUCCGAAAUAAUUAUUGGAUUUUACAAGCUCGUAAGGCCGAGAUACCGGUCCAACUCAUAAGUCCACUGCCUUCAGCUAGGGUUGAGAAUCCGGGCUUUCCAUUUACGAAUUGUGGGGUUGAUUACGCCGGACCUAUUAGUGUUCGCAUGGGGGGCGGUCCUGGUAUUCGCUCACGACCAGCAUGGAUAGCGGUGUUUAUUUGUCUCGCAACUAAGGCAGUGCAUUUAGAGGUGGUUUCCGAAUAUUCGACGGCUGCAUUCUUCUUGGCAGCGCCACAUUUCGGUGGUUUGUGGGAGGCAGGUGUCAAGAGUAUGAAACAUCAUCUUAUUCGAAUACUUGGUGCUCAUACGCCCACCUUUGAAGAGCUUUCAACAUUAGUAUGCCGCAUUGAAGCUUAA